AUGCAAAGCCAGCAGAGCCAGCAGAGCUCUGGUCAGUCCGGCGCUCGACCUCAAUAUGCUACUGGUGAUCCGCAAACAUACUUGCCAUUCCCUGGUCAGCCGCCAAGCAGCUAUGUCUACGAAUCCUCUCGAGAUGUCGCAGCGGGUAUGGAGUGCUUGCCGUACCUCUCGCCGUACUCUGGUCAGCAAUCCCAAUAUGCUCAGCAAGCCACGACGCCGACCGGAUACUACAGAGAUGAUCGAUAUGUUAGAUCACGACCGGAUGGUGACUGCAGCAGCGACAUCGCCCUGCAGUGUACCAAUGGCGGGACGACUUUUGAUAUCUGUGACCAAGGAGGAUGGGCUCAGAUGGGCUCCGUGGCCCCUGGAACAACUUGUCAGAAUGGGCAAAUCGUGGCGAGCUGA